AUGCCGCCGAAGCUCCUUCUGAAUCGCGAAGCCGUCCCGAAGAAGGACAAGAACAAGCAGGCGGUGAAGAAGAGAGAGAAAGAGAAGGAGAAGGAGAGAGAGCCGGUCAAGAAUGACGACGAGAAAGAGAAGGAGAAGGAAAAGAGGAAGCAGGAGGCCGUCCCCGUGGAGCGCGACGAAGAAGUCGGGGAAGAGGCCCUCGCCAAGGUCGAGCUUGUGUCCUUCGAGACGUGGCUGGAGCGCAAGUCCGCCGGACUGUUGGCCAAGAAGGAUUGUAAGGCUUGCCCGAAGACCGAGCAGGAGCAGAGGCACAAGAAGGGAAUGUGUUCGGCCUGCUACCAGCGUUCCGGACGCGGCAACGACGCCACCCACACCGCCCGAUGCGUCAUCUAUUCCGAGCUCAAGGACUUGAAGGGAGUCUCCGCGAUUAUGCUCCACUUUGCCGCAGACGCUGCCUGCACGCUGUGCUGGCGUCAUCACCAUCUGCUGCCGACCGAU